AAGUGUUGUAUGAGUUAUUGGGAAAUGAUGGGAGCCAAAAGAAAAAAAGGCUUUAGACCCUUUGUCUUUUUAUCACGAAAUAGCUAAUACCAUUAUAGCAACUCUCUUUUAGGUCUUCUUCAUUCAAUAAUAUUACCUCAAUAACAUUUCUCUUUGCAGAGAAUAAAAAAAGAAAAAAAGAAAAAAGAAAAGAGUAAGAAAAAACAGGUACUUAAAUGGCUGAGCUACAACAUUCAGAGACAGAGAGCAGCUCCAAUUCAAUCUCAUCGCCGCCGCUAUCACCAUCUAACUCAACCCCUAACUCAACUACUACGACCCCAAACCAUAAACCCGAAACUUUCACUUCAGGUUCUACUAAAAAACCCAAGAGAAUGAGGGACUCGAGCAAGCGCACCGUUUACCGGGGUGUCCGAAUGCGAAACUGGGGCAAAUGGGUGUCCGAAAUUCGGGAGCCACGUAAGAAAUCCCGCAUUUGGCUGGGCACUUUCCCUACCCCAGAAAUGGCAGCUCGUGCGCAUGAUGUAGCCGCUUUGAGCAUCAAAGGCAACUCCGCCAUCCUCAACUUCCCCGAACUGGCCGACUCGUUACCUCGGCCCGUCUCUUUAGCACCACGUGACGUCCAAGCCGCGGCAGCCAAAGCUGCCCAAAUGGACAAAUUCGACUCCCCAUCAUCUUCUUCUUCUUCUUCUUCGACUUCUAUGUCCACUUCAACAUUAUCAUCUUCGUCAUCGGUUUCCUCUUUGGUUUCUCACAUGGAGUUGUCUUCUGGGCCAGACGAGUUAAGCGAGAUAGUGGAGUUGCCGAGCCUCGGGACUAGUUACGAUUCAGUCGAGUCGAAGAACGAGUUUGUUUUCAUGGACUCAGUGGAUGGGUGGUUGUACCCUCCGCCAUUGCUUCAAAAUAUGGAAGAUUGUGGGUAUGUUUGUGAUCAAUUAGUAGUGCCAGAAAGCAUUUUACAAAAUGGUUUUGAACAAGGCUUGCUAUGGGAUUAUUAGUUUCUUUUUUUUUUCCUUGUGUGUGUGUGGGGGUGUUUUUUUGGUUGUGAUUUGUGACUGAGAGUGUGUAUCUUUUUCUCUUUUCUGGUUUUAAGCCUUUAUGCUUUUUCUUUGAAGGGCUAAACCUCUUUUGCUUUUAUUUUCUAUCUCUGUUCAUGCUGAUAUCAAUGGAUGAAUCCCUGUACAGUGUUGUUGCAAAACACAAAUUUGAAACCCAGUUCAACAAUGAAAAA